AAGCCCAUUUUGAAAGUUUGGUAACUCCAAACUUUCUUGCCUACUUUGUGCCGCCGUCGUCCUGCGUCUGGCUCUGGUUGCAUCUGGCGAGAGAGUAUUAACUAAAACCCAGCCAGUUCCUAGCAAAUCGCAGCAGAAUCUCGAAGAACCAAAACCUCCACUGAGAAAAGCUUUGCUUAUUCGUCUCUGUUUUUGAUCUAUCUACACCUCUAUUUUGUUUGCUAUAUUUGUCUGGUGUUGCGGUUGAGAAUGGCAUCGUCUUCUUCAAAAUCAGGAGGUGGUGUAACAGAGAGACGAGGUAUACCGGCAGCUCAGUUCGUAGAAGAUGUGGAGACUUACCUCUCUCAGGCCGGCCUCGAUGUUACUUCCGCUCUUUCCUUUCUCCAAGAAAGGCUUCAGCAAUAUAAAUUGGUUGAGAUGAAACUUCUUGCUCAGCAGAGAGAUCUUCAGGGAAAGAUUCCUGAUAUUGAGAAGUGCUUGGAUGUGGUUGCCACUUUACAAGCUAAGAAGGGUACUGGUGAGGCACUUAUUGCUGAUUUUGAAGUUUCUGAAGGCAUAUAUUCAAAGGCUCGCAUUGAGGACACAGAUUCUGUGUGUUUAUGGCUUGGAGCAAAUGUCAUGUUGGAAUAUUCAUGUGAAGAGGCCACUUCUCUUCUUAAGAAGAAUCUAGAUAAUGCUAAGGCCAGCUUGGAAGUUCUUGUGACUGAUUUGCAAUUCUUGAGGGAUCAAGUGACAAUAACUCAGGUCACUGUUGCCCGUGUCUAUAAUUGGGAUGUUCAUCAACGCAGGACUCGACAAGCUGCUGCUGCUGCUGCUGCUGCUGUGACUACUCCUGCAUAACAUUUGUGAAAUGAAAAUUUUAUUUCUCCCUGAUUCAGUGGAGUUUCAGGUUCUCCAUACAAGCACCUGAGGUGGAAGAAGAAAAUUAUCGUACUUAGUAGGAUCAAUUUUGAUAUAUGAUAAAACUUUCGGGCUUCAUUUGUAACGCUUUUUUAUACUGGUUUGCGACUUCUAGGAUGAUGGAUGUCUUGCACUUGUAUGCAUACGAUGUUUGUUCCCUUAGUUGGCUUGAUUAGUUUGAUGUAUCAGUGCAUGGAAUUCGAAAUUUACUUUUUUGGGA